GACCAGAUUCAUCCAAAUUAUCGAUAACAUCGGAUCAUUUUAACGGUAAAUACACAUCAAAUAAUUAUGAGUACAUUUGGAAGCCCGGGUGGGCGUAUGGUCAAUAAUAAACCUUCGCCGCCAGAAAGAGGAAGUUUUCCAUUGGAUCAUGAUGGCGAAUGCAAAUCAGUGAUGCAAAGUUAUCUCAGUUGCAUGAAGAAAGUUCGAGGCAUGAAUGAUCCAGAAUGUAGAGAUCUGGCGAAAUCAUAUUUGUCGUGUCGGAUGGAUAGGAAUUUAAUGGCAAAGGACGAAUUCAAGAACUUGGGGUUCGCAGAUGAAAGCUCGGAGACAAAUGGUGCAGAUAAGAAAGAUGUAAAAGAGGGUGGCAACGAUGCAAACAAACAUAAGAACGAGCUAAGGUGGUGAGGAUGGUUGUGGGUUGGUUCGAGGCGGGUUGAAAAAAAAACAAAUGAAACAAUAGGGGAUGGCGAGGAGGUAUCUUAUCAUCAUCUGUAAAACUAAAGCAUUGGGUCGGCGUUUUUGGGAGGAGCUGCAGGAUGGACACAUGUCAAAAUGUUGAAUAAAAUUCUGAAGAAAUUUAUUUUCACACAUGCAAGGGAUUAUUGUUUCAGCUACAGCAUCAUUCUACUCUGUUUUCCAUUCGAUCAGGGUACUGGUAGUCGCAUUUCGAUUCCAUUGCUUUCCUAAGUCCGAAUAUCACUCAUGUAUUCCUUUGGAAUUGGCACUCCCAUAGGGUCUAGAUUAGAAUCUAGCCAUCAUGUUUAUGGUCUGCUAUGUUUUCCAACAAGCUGAAGGUUCAAACGCAAUACGUCCAAGUGCCAGACCGUCAACGACUGUAAACGAUAGAUAUUGUCUUUACCAAAGCCCUCUGUCAUAGGGUUAAAGGACAAAUUAUAUACUUCUCCA